CCGUCAGUCUCUUUGGUGGUGGGGUGGUUGGUGAAGGUAAAUCGCCUGCUCGCCGUCAUAACCCAUGUGCAGUUUGUCACGUAAUCCAACUUUAUUAGUGGAGUGUCCAGCAGGCGGAACGGAGCGACGCGGGGAGUUUUAUUCACUGUGCGAAGUUAGAGUUGAAGGCGUUAGGUCUACCUGACCUGGUUAAACGUUUUAUACAGCGGCGACCUUCGAAAGGUGAGGAGGUGUUGCAAAUUUCGUUCCGAACGCCACGAGGACCAAGAAACAGUGACGACCCGUGGAACCUGUUGUAACCACACACUAGCCAUGGCAGCGGUCGAGGUCGCACAACCUGCGGACAUUGCAGCUGCUCCGGUGACGGAUGAGGUGAAGAUUGUGAAGGCCAAGCCCGUCCGGAAGGUGUUCAAGGGGGCCACCCGGGUCGUGAACAAGAUUCCACAGGCUUUGCUGAACGAUGUUGAGUUGAAUGCGGCCAUCAGCGUGCUGCCGACGAACUACAACUUUGAGAUCCACAAGACCAUCUGGCGCAUCCGGGAAAUGAAGGCCCGGCGGGUGGCGCUACAGCUGCCGGAAGGUCUUUUGAUGUUCUCCCUGGUAAUCAGCGACAUCAUUGAGCGGUUCACCGAAGCGGACACGAUUGUGAUGGGCGACGUCACGUACGGUGCGUGCUGCGUAGACGACUACACCGCCAAAGCCCUCGGUGCCGAUCUGCUCGUGCACUACGGCCACAGCUGUCUCAUUCCGGUGGACCAGACGACCGGCAUCAAGGUGCUGUACGUGUUCGUGGACAUCAAAAUCGACGCGCUGCAUUUCAUCGAAAGUGUCAAGCUCAACUUCGGCGACGGCAACCGCAAACUUGCCCUGGUCAGCACAAUCCAGUUCGUGGCGACACUGCACGCCGCCGCAAAAGAACUCCGCGAGGCAAACUACGACGUCGUAAUCCCGCAGUCCAAACCCCUCAGCCCGGGUGAAAUCCUCGGCUGCACCGCACCUCGAAUCCCGGACGAACGCACCCUGAUCUACCUCGGUGACGGUCGGUUCCACCUGGAGGCGGCCAUGAUUUCCAACCCAUCCCUCGAAGCCUACAAGUACGAUCCGUACGAGAAGCGGUUCACCCGCGAGCACUACGACCACGCCGAGAUGCGGCGGAACCGCAAGCGAGCGAUUGACGCAAGUCGUGACGCGAAACGAUUUGGGCUGAUUUUGGGCACGCUCGGCCGGCAGGGGUCGCCCAAGGUGAUGGAGCAUUUGCGCAAGCGAUUAAAGCAUCACAACCGCGAGGCGGUUAUCAUUCUGCUGUCGGAAAUUUUUCCCACCAAGCUGGAGCUGUUCCGCGAGGUCGAUGCCUUUGUGCAGGUGGCCUGCCCGCGCCUUUCAAUCGACUGGGGCACCGCCUUCCCGAAGCCUCUGCUGACCCCGUACGAGCUCUCUGUGGCGCUGGGAGACGCCGAGUGGAAACUUGACGAAUGUUCCGAGCCGACAACCAACGGCACGACAAACGGCAGCAGCACCGCUGUUCCGAAGGAGGUCUACCCGAUGGAUUUCUACGCCAACAAAAGCCUGGGCGAGUGGACGCCCAACCACAAACCGUUGGACAUUUGCGAGAACUCGCUGGACGGUGGGUGCUGCGGGCGGUGUACGGAGGAGAAAGGUGGCAAGGAGAAGAAGAAGGAGUGAAGAUUCCUUGUGUUCCG